CAAACCAGUGGUGAAACCCUGAAGCACAGUUUCACGGCCUGGGUGGAAAAAGCAUCCCCUACUGCAGUGCAUCGAGAUCCCAGGGACAGGAAUCAGCUUCUGGAAACUGUUCAAUCACUUACAAACACAGAGGCAUUACCUUCUGCAACACUACUGACAUCUGAAUCCUGGCUUCCCAGUCCUCUGAAAUGUCAGGACUUGAGGGACUGCUCCCCCCCAGCUCCAGAUACUCCUCCUCUGAGCUUUUCUCCUCCUCAGAAAGAUACAAAACCAGGCUACUCAACUUCUGGCCUUUCUCCAUAUAGAAAUAAAUGGGAAAAUCAAUGGGACCGAGUGAAAGCCAUACACAACCUAUCCAAGGAGCUUGCAGAAAAGAUUGAGAUGGCAACUAAGAGGCUGAGUGCAACAAGCAGUGGUAAAGAUGCUGCUGGUAAAAUAUCAGCAGAGAUAAACUGGGACCUCUCCAAUGAAUCUUCUGUCCCUGAGCCAGAGGCACCCAAAGAUGAGCAGGAUGGGACAAUGACUGCACAGAUGCUGCUGGGAGCCCCAGGCCUUGAUGAGUUACAUGUGCCGUCAGACAGGGGAUGUCACGGACCAGGCAGGAUGAGCCUUGUGGAUGGCACUGAGGGAACAGCAGACCUGGACAGAGAGAAGAAAAGAGCUUCUUUGUCUGGUGGGAGUGCUGUGAGCAAAGAGUGGCCGUGGAUCACCCACAGGAUAAGGCAGAGACAUCCCAGUGCUGGGGAGAGCUUGAGCGGCAUGUUGGAAGGUUUUCCAGUGAAUAAAGGCUCCAAAGUGGACAUGAGCCUAUUGCAUGAAAAGCCAAUAACCAGCCCAGCCUUUCCAUCUCACGGAUUCCUUGCUAGAAGCCUGCAGACAGACCCUGCAGCUCAGAGGUGUGGGGCAGUUCCAGCGCUGCAGGAUCGAGGGGCAGCUGCCCAACACCAUCCCUGCAUGGAGAGCCUGAGGAGAGCAGGCAGACGCACACUGCAGCCCUGCAGAGCUCGAGGCAGCACUGAGCAGCACUGCGGUGAGGCAGACCCUAACUGUGCACAACUGAAAGAGAAACACAGGAACCAUCUGCACAACUUAAAACAAACUUCCCUCCUGCUGGCUCACAAACUGAAGGCAUAUCAGCUCCAGCAGAAGCAGUGGCUGGCAGUGCUGAGUGAGAAAGCCAAGCUAGAGCUUCAGGAAAGCCAGAGGUCUUUGAGUGACCUGCUUCAGAACGAUUUAAAGCUGCACAGCAGUUCUAAAGGCAGCGAUUCCCCUGUGCUGAAGCUGGACCAUGCAGAGCAAACAUGGGCAGGACAGCAGCCUGCAGGUGACAGCACAGCUGGCAGUAAUGAGGAGAUGCAUUCCCUGGAACAACUUCCAUUGAAUGUGGAGAGAGAUCGGAGCCCGGUGGACUCCAAAGCUGUGGGACAAAGGAAAUCUCUGGGAGGAAGGAGUUCAUUUGGUUCAGCCCUUCAUGAAGGAUCUCUGCCAGCAGAGGACAGGGAGCCAUUGCAUGGCCACCAAGGGCUGAACCUGCUGUCAGCUCCAAUAGAGCUGCCCCACGGGGAUCCCUGCACAGCAGAUGGCUCCAGGGGCAGCAGUGACCAGGACAGCCAGUGGAGUGAUGCUGGCCGGCACUACGGACAUUCCAGCUCCUUCUGCUGCUUCAGCCUGGCCAUGGCAGAGCAGUGCCUGAGGGGAGAGGAGCUGCGCGCCCGCCACCAGGCUGCCCUCCUGGAGCUGCGCAGGGGAGCUGUGCGGGAUAAAGCCAGAGCUGAGCUGGCCUGGCUGGGCCACCAGAGGCGCUGUCUGGAACUCCUGCAAGACACCGAGGGAGCCUCUGCCAUGGCUGAGAAGCAGCGCAGAGUCCUAACAGAGCUGAAACAAGAGCAGGUAGAAAUACAGCACCUGCAAAAUAUCUACAGGGCGGCCCAUCAAGAGAGGAAACUCUUAUUAAAGCAACAAAGAGAAAUCUUAAUGAUGCAGCAAUCAACAGCGAAACUCCGGGAAGAACUGCAUCAUCUAACUGGGAAGAAAAAGCUUACCAGGAGCCCAGCAACUGAAGAAGUAAUUAAACCAAAGAUGAGACAGAUUUCUAAUGCUAUGUUAGGUUCCCCCUUGGCAGAAUCUUCAGGGCCUGAUGCAUGUGGGGAUAAACAGAAUUAUGUCCAGCUGAAGAACAAACAAAACAAAAAAUAUGAUGGCUUUUCUACCAAGAGUAAGAAAGCACUGCUACAGUGCCAGCAACAGACAGAGGAGCCAUUGAGUUUGCAGCAGUCCCUGGGGGCACGAGGUCCUGAUGUGUCUGGAACAGUGGCCAAGAAAUUGUGUGAUGCUACCAGUCAAACCACAGGCAUGGUCUUUGUGAUCAGACAUUCCACAAACGCAGGUAAUGACACCUCAUUCUUACAAGAUCAAGAGAAUGACCCUGUGACAGUGGAGAAAGCACCCAGGGAGCAGAGAAAUGGCAGGACUUGUAGAGAAGAACAGGACCCGUGUGGUGCAUUUCAGGCACGUUUCAAGCUUAUGUUUUUCUUACCUGUUUUUUUAUCUUUGCAUAAAAUUUUCAAGGGAGGAAAUGCAAGGUAUGGUCUGUCAUGGAGAUAUCACACUUGGAACUCAGCUUGUACAUAAUGAAGUUGACACUGCGUUGAAGUUCUGUUGUGCCGUAUUGCCUUAAACCUGGAGAAAUUUCAAUGGCAAUUCACUGGCAUUCUUCAGUUUUCUUGUUUAUUCAGUGCUUUUUAUUUUUUUUAUCAUUGCCUCUUCAGGCUGGGACAAAGAAGAAAGAUCUUUCUUUUGAUGGCCAAGACAGUGAAAAAAGAUCAGCACCAAUGUCAAGUGAAUCUACAGUAAUGGAAACUCAUUUAAGGAAAGAAAGUUCAUUAGCUGAGCUAAGAGUUAGCCCAGAUUCUGAAAGAGAAUCACAGAUCAUGCGUGUAGCUGAAAAAGCACCUUCCGAAAUCCUUUUUUCAGAAGAUGUUCCACACGAAGUGGAAAUGUCUGCCCCUUUUGAGAUCCACCAGGUGGAUGGCAGCCAGUCUCUGAAGCCUUUGGGCCAUCAUUCUCGAGAAACUUCUGCAGAAGAACUACAGAGGAAAGCUUUUUCUGAAGGAUUUGGUCCUACUGAAUCACUGUGCGAGUCAAACAGCUUCUCUCCAUGCUCUGAAAGUGCCAGAUCUGACUGUUCUCUCCCAGAUUUUCAGAAAGUGUCUGCAGUUUGGACUGAUGUUUCAGAAUGCUCUAUUUCAGAUGUUGAAUUAGAGGUGCAAGGUGGAGAGGACGCUGAUGAUGUCAGUAUUCCAGAAGAAUUAGUCUACGAUGCUUCUUCUAAUGUUCCGAAAGAGGCACCGAUAGCAAUAAAUUCUGGGAAGAAAACAUUACAAAGUGACAAACACAAUGAACUUGAAGAGCCCAAGGAUGACAGCAGCACAGAGAUUUCAUCACGCUCUCCGAACUUCCAGAAAUGCCCUGGAGAGGCUUCAGCUCAUGGGUGCACCGGUCACUUGCUUUCUUUCCUUUCAGCAGACAAAGCAAAUACUUCCAAAACAACACCACUGGAUUCCUCUCGGUUUGGUAAACCCACCAAGGGAAUGGAUAAGCUGCACUUGGAAGCCUCAGGGAACUCAAAAAAUGCAGCUGCCAGCUCUUUGUGCAGUGAUGGCAUUUACCUCCUUCAGAACUACGAGCAGCACGCUCCUGAUUCUAUCACUAACAAAUCAAAGAGGAAUGAUGGAAUUAGCAGCUUAUUAGGCCUUCCGCUGAUGGGUUCUUUGAAACCUUUAGAUGUGGCUGAUAACCAGUUUAGUAGCACUGUCUCUUUUCCACCUGACAAAGAUAUUGCAAAUGGCAAAUUAGUAGUGUGUUCACUGUCCAGAAAUGCAACAGUGCAAGAUGAUCAUGCACAGCUUUUGCAUGAGAAAAGCAUAUCUGGAGAACUCAAUCAGAUUAUAUCUCUGCCCUUGUCCACACAGGGAAUUUCUGGGGAAGUCCAUACAGAAACCACCUCCAUUGGGUCUUUGCAGAGGUUGGCCUCAGGAACUCAUAAGAACUCAAAAACUGACAGGCAAGCCACAAAGGAACUGGGGAAUGGACAGUUUUCUUCCUCAAAAAAGCAACUGUUUCACUCUGAGAACUCUUUCAGAAGUGAAGAUUGUACAAUUUUUAUUAGUGAUGAGGGCCUUCCUCUGGCUGAUGAGGCUACCUUGUCAGAAAUACUGUCUCCUGUUGAUGAAGUGUUGUCCUAUGCAAGUGCUGACUUGCCAUCCUCUAAUAAAAAGGAUUUGUCAUUUCCAAGGGAAGAUCUCCCUCCUCCCCCUUUGGGUGUAGAUACAAUGAAAAAUGAUGAUUCUAGCUUCAGUACAGAUGAUUUCCCAUCUCCACCAGAACAGAUGACAGCCCCAGAGACUGGACAGUGUAUGAAUGAAGAUGUAUCCCUGAAAAUGGAUGCUUUUCCCCCAUUACCUGAUGACACUGUGUCUGAAGAAUAUCCCUCGUUCAAUCGAGAGCCAGUUGAUAUCUUUUCAACUCGGGAAGGUAACCUCUCAGAACAGUAUUUAGUUGAAGAUAUUUCCUGUGCAAAGGAGCACUUGUCAGAAUACCAUGAAGGAGAACAGGAGAUGCCUUCACAGCCUUUGGAGCUUCUGCCUGUGUCAGAUCCUAUUUCUUCUAGUCAGGCCAGUAAAAAUCCUGCUUCCACGAUGAAACAAUGCAAAACAUACAUAACGCUGCCAUUAGCUGGGGAGGACAGUGAUGACCCAUUGUCAGCAUUUGAAAUUGGAGACAGAGUAUUAGUAAAGCAGACCCAACCUGGAACCCUGAUGUUCAAAGGACGGACUCGCUUUGAUAGCGGCCACUGGGCUGGUGUGGCACUGGACAAAGCUGAAGGUGAUCAUGCUGGAACUUACAAAGGGGUGAAGUAUUUUGAAUGUGCACAGCACUGUGGUGUCUUUGUCAGACCUGGUGAGAUUUCACACCUGUUGGAGGAUAACAACAAUGGUUCCAGUUCCACUGGGGAUGAAGACUCAGACUCCUUCUAUGAUGAUGAAUCCUUCAGAAGAGACUGCAGAUACCCUGAAGUUGGUGAACAGGGUGCAGGGGUAACAGAGCAGAAAGCUGACGAUACAAAAAGUCCAGGAGGAUCAGAAGUGUCAGAAAAGAAGUCUAGGCUGUAUGUUGCCUUGCAGUGUGGAAGAAGUCAAACACUUCCACAUUCUGACCACUGUAAAUGUGAUGAAUGUCAUCACCAAAACAAUUUAAUGUGCUGGGGAUCAGAUAAAGAAAAAACAGAUUUGAUACAAAUAAAACAAGGGGUGCUCGCAGGUGUGCCUCCAAAGGAAAGUGAGGCUACCCAUGCAGAUGGCAUGAACACAAACAAAAGUGUUUGUUGCUUGGUAGAGGAUCAGAAAAGAAAUAAACUCACUGAUGAUAUCGCAGCUGAACUCAGUAAGAAACUUCUACUUGAUGCGUUGAUUGCAUUCUCUGAAACAGCUCAACACAAAUACAAAGGUGCCUUUGAAGAAAAUGUGGUGAAUUAUAUCAAAGGCCUAAAACAAGGGGACAGUCAGAAACAAUUUCUUAUCAAAGAAAAUCCACUUGCUAGCUUAACUGAGCAAUCAGCAAAGGUUGCUGAUCUUUUACUGCAUGAUUUCAAUAUGCUUAGCAUUCACGGUUGUCACACGAUAGCAGAAAGAAUUGUGACUAAAUUUGUAGGGGAUGCAGUUAAGGAAUAUAAGAAGAUUAAAAGAAAACAAGGAGUAAAAACAGACAAGAGGUUUCCUUCAUCUUCAGAGACUUCUCCAACUGUUUUGCCUUUCCUUUUAAAAAUCCUCGACGCCGGUGUUUUUGGAAGCUCUAAAGACUUUGAUCAGCCAAACUCUAACGAACGCGCUCUGGAAAGGCAAACACAAAAGCAAUACUUGUUGGAUCACUGGCACUCAGCUCCUUGGAAGAAAACUGUAGAGGUUCCCCUUGUGGUACCACACUACACUUCAUAUGUAAAGAACUUGUCUGCAUAUGCUGUAGAAGAAUUAUGGACUCCAGAAAACAUUUAUUCCAAUUUCACAAGAACCAGUGUGCCAAAGCAGUCUGAGUGUAAUGACUUCCCAGGGAGUGAUUUGGAAACAGAAAGCAAAAGGAUGUAUAAUCAGGUUAUAUUCGAUUUGACUCACGAGCUUCUACGUGAGGAGUAUCAAGUGACUGCACAUCCAAAAACAUUUCCAUGGUUGAAAGAAAACUUGAGAUCUUGCUGUUGUAGGUGUCGCUGCAGAAGCACAGAUGUCAAUGAGGUUAAGACAUUUGUUCAGGGGGAAAUGAUUAAAAUAAUGAACCUGGAAAGGAAUGACUUAGAAAGGAAAAGAAAAUUCCUUAAUAUGACUAAGUAUGGAAACUGUGAGAGAGACAGAGUGGAUCUCAUCCUGAUUCAGGAGCUCCACAAAGAAGAAUCUCAGUGGACUUCCUACGGUGAUGAUGAAUUAACUGUGAAGAUGAGCGUGACUGAAGACAUAUUUGACAGCUUGAUCCUUGAUACAGUCAGAGUUCUCAACAGGAUUUAUUUGAGAAAAGCCAAUGAUUAGAAGUUUGCCCUCAUGGUGGAGUUUUAAUCUCUGACUUCUAAGGCAAGAGAUGCACGAUUAAUAAUCUUAACUCUGAGCUUUACCCAACACAGGUGUGGCCUGAGUUACACGUUCAUAUUUACAAUGAAAAGAUGCAAGUAACAAAAAUGCUACUGAAAACUUUCUUCUUCAGUUUUGAACUUUGGAAAUGCUGAUUAAGCUCAAUACUCUUCUUAGAGUGGUUUUACACGUGAUUUAAGUGGUGACAAUUUUAUUCUUCUGUUUGGUUGGUUGGUUUUUUUUAUCAAGAUAACAUUUUAUUCAUCUAUGCAUUUUAAGAGCUCCUUGUGGGUUUAAAAUUGUGUAGGAGUCUAUGAUUAUACAGACAGGGUUCAAAAGCAAUUUAUGUGUAAAUGAUCUUAUUCUUCAUUAUCACACUCUGGUUGUGAAUGAUGAUGGAUGAAUCACAUUUUAAGAAAAAUGUUCAGGAAAUCAAUGCUGUCUGUCUUCAGAAAAUCAGGGCGCAGAUGGAAUUAAAUCUUACAGAAAGUAAAUUGUUGUUGAUCUCUUGGAAUAAACUCUUCUAAUGGGAACAAGUCUGAAACUUCUCCUGAGGGGCUGCACACCACUACAGAGGUGAUGGUGCACCAGUUUUUACAUCCUGUGUUUGUAUUUAAAAUCAUAUUUACAGACUAAUGAAAUGCACUUUGUUUCUGUUUUCAAGCACUGAUGGUUUAGCUGUUUUCAUACUGAAUUGCUUUCUGAAUAAACAAAAUAAAUCAAA